AUGGUGCAGUGCGACGAUUGUGAUGGAUGGAAUCACUUUAGUUGUGUGGGUGUGAACCAAAGUGUGGAGAGUAAAAAGUGGAACUGUGAGAAGUGCAAAGCAAAAAAGAAGAAGGCAGGUGAUAUCAAGGAUCCCAAGAACGCUGCGUUACGGAAGAAGGUCGAUAAACCGAAGCCAGAGAAGAAUAACAUCGCAACGAAGAAGGAAAAUUCUCAGCUGAAGAAACCCAUACGAGAACCGUCGAAAGCUGCCUCAGUGACGUCAGCAGGAUCGAGGAAGUCUGCGAAAGCACAUCUAGAGCUACAGUUACAGAGACUUGUGGCGGAACAGACGCUGUUAGAGGAAAAGAAGAAGUUGAUGGAGAAACACUUCAGCAUUCUCGAAGAGUUGGUCGAUCUCGAAGACGAAGAAGCAGCGGAAGAAGAAAACGACGCUAAUGCGAAGGUAGAGAACUGGUUGGGCGCCGCUGGAGCCAAGCGCCAAGAAGAUGAACCAAAUUCUACAAGUGAAGAAGAAGGGUGUUCCGACGACGAAGAAGAGGAAGAAGGUGGAGAAAAGGAUUCCAGCGAUGAUUCCAAGGAGGAAACGGAGACAGACAGCAGCGAUGACUCUAGUGAGGACGAAAAGGGAGGAUCUAACGAUUUCAGCUUCAAUCCGAAGGGUCGUUCUACGCCAGCGAAGAAAGGCGAAAGCAAGCGAAAAGACGCAAGCAGUAACCGGUUAACCUGGAACCUGACGCGCAAUCAGCUCGCCGCUCGCCAUGUUGUCGCAAAGGACUUGCCUUUGUUUUCAGGGAAUCCCGAGGAAUGGCCGAUGUUUUUUUCCACUUUUGAAAGCACGACUCGGAUGUGCGGCUACACUGACGACGAAAACAUGAUACGACUGAGGAACUGCUUGAAGGGAGAUGCAUUUGCUGCCGUUCGAAGUUUUCUGCUCCAUCCGAAGACAGUGAACAGGGCGAUGGAUGCGCUCAAGUUAAAAUUUGGGCAGCCGAGGUUCAUUAUCGAAUCCCUGAAAGACAAGGUUCUUGCCAUUCCACCGGUCGACUCUGAGUCUAUGAACGCGAUGGUCGAUUUUGCGCUGGACGUCCAAAACCUGACGGUGAUGAUCGACGCCUGUGGUCGGAAGGAGCUCAAGCAGGAUGCUUCAUUGCUGAACUCACUGGUUUCCAAACUUCCGGGACCAAUGCAAUUACAGUGGGCAAAACACUCUAGAAGUAUUCGGAAGGUCAACCUGAAGACUUUCGGAAAGUGGAUCUACGAGAUAGGCGAAGACGCCUGUCUGGUUUCGAAGCCGCGUCAGCCCAAAGUACCGUCACACAACCAGGAACCACGCAGGAGAGCUCAGGCAUACGUGAAUGCUCACGUUGAGCACCAGGGAGAGUACCGUGCUCAUUUCCCAGGAGGUAGCACAUCAUCAGCCGGCGCAAGAAGAACCUGCCCCACAGCGUGCAUUGUCUGCAGGGGAUCUUGUUCAUCUCUCGCGAACUGCCAAGGAUUUCGGGAACUGUCGUACGAUGGACGGUGGGCAAUCACACGUGAAGCCAAGAUGUGCCGGAAAUGCCUGAAGCGCCACAGAGGGGGAUGUGUGUCCAGGAACUGCGGAGUCAACGGAUGCACAUGCAAACAUCACCCAUUGCUGCACAAGCAACUCAAUCCAGAAUCCGCGCCCAUGCAACCAAACGCAGAGUUCACGCCCAUCCAGACCGGAGACAACGUGCAACGGGAAGAGCGGUCCUGCCACACUCACCUGUCCGGGUCCAGCGCUGUCCUGUUUCGCUAUGUUCCAGUCGUGGUGUAUGGGAACGGGAUUGUGAUCCAUUGCUACGCUUUCUUGGAUGACGGAUCCUCGCUGACACUUAUGGACCAAGAUCUUGCGGACGAACUAAACCUGGCUGGAAAAUCUUGUCCAUUGAGUCUCAAAUGGACCGGAGACACACGCCGUAUUGAAGAUAAUAGCCAGAUUGUCAGCUUAGAAGUGUCCGGCCUAACGGGAGAGCGCUUUCACAUGGGAGACGUACGAACAGUGAGCGGACUGCAACUACCGCCUCAGACACUCGACGCGAAACAACUUCAGGCUGAAAACACUUAUCUGCGAGGGAUUCCCCUGGAGUCGUAUCAUAGUAUCCAGCCUCGUCUACUCAUCGGUGUGCAACAUGCAAACAUGACACUUGUCAGGGAGAGUCGAGAAGGCAAGCCUGGUCAGCCGAUUGCUGUUAAGACCGAUUUAGGAUGGACGAUCUACAGUGGAGCGUCGAAUGGAGAAGCGCUUAGCAUGGUACACUACACUUAUCACAUUACCUCUUGUGACCACAAGACAGAAUCGAACGCUGCAGAGGAGCAUGAACGCGACGUGCAUUACCCGAAUGGCGAAUCGAAGGCAACUGCCUGUACGCGUUCUCCUGCGGUCGAUGGCCCACCUGUGGAUUCAUCAGUCACAUCAUCGACUCGACCGUUCGCACACGUUAAUAUCGACCUUUUGGAAAAAAGGGAAGUGGCUAAAGGGAGUAGAGUAGAGAAGAGAUUGGGGGGUCCUCUGUUUUGUCUUUCUAUCCUCGGGGUGUACUUACUAUUAGCUAGCUCUUUAACCUCAAACUUGUGCAGCGACAGCAAUUGGGAAACCAAUUUCGUUGGCAUCGAUCGGGCGUUGAAGGAGGCGUUGCAAGCUGUAUACCAGCACAAGAUGAUCCAGGAGUUAUGUUUGGUGUCCACCACCUACUGUUUCAAUCUACCGGCAGCUCCCCAUAUGGGGGGGAGCUGGGGACAAUUUGUACAGUCCGUCAAGCAGACCUUAGCGGAGUUACAAUCACCAUAUCGCUCUAAGGAGGAUGAACUUAGGAGUGCCUCAGUCGGGGUCGAAAGCAUCUUCAACGGCAGGCCGCUCACCUAUGUACCGAUCGAGGAUGAAGCCGUUCCUGCGCUUACACGAAACCACUGGUUGGUCGGCAGUUUCCACGUGAUCAAGCUAUGA